AUGCAGACAUACUUCCAUAAACUGUUGAACGAGGAGGGAGAUGGAAACAUUGUGCUAGGUGAGUUGGAGCACUCCGAGAGUCAGCGGAAUUUUGUAUUUUAUAGGCGUAUUAAGGUAGAUGAGGUAGAAGGGGAGAUGCGUUUGGGAGAGGGUGGUGGAGGCCAGCAUGAGGAGGUGCGAAUCUAUUUCCGAGAACCAAUUCGGAUUCAUGCCGGGGCGUUCGACCACGGAAGUGAUUCAUCUGGUGAGGAGAUUAGUGGAGAAGGAUCGGCUCUUAGCCCAUUUGUAUUUGCCUUGGCAAUGAAUGUGCUAUCGCGAUAUAUCCAAGUGGAGGUGCCUUGGUGCAUGCUAUUUACCGAUGAUAUAGUGUUGAAAGAAGAGACAUGA